AUGUCCACAUUUAGCUUCGGUGCACCCAUAUCAACCGCGGAAGACGUGGAACAGGCCGCGCGCAAAAUCACCUGUAAAAUACAGGAAGAAUUGCGCGCGGCGACCAAGGCGGUGCCGCAGGUGCACCGAAAAGACACGCUCCCGCGUAGGCUCCUCGAUCGGUUACACGAGAAGAGGGAGCUUAGAAAGCUGUGGGCCCGCACCCGCUGCCCACGAGUAAAGACAAAACUCAAUCGGCUCAAGGACGAGCUGUCGGCAGCCAUCAAGGCGUACAGGGGUGAGGGGUGGGAGCGCCGCAUUGAGCAGGCCUCCGAGUCGCAGACCUCCCUUCACCACCUUAACCGACAGCUCAGCCGCACAUCACAGCCCAUCUGUCCACUCGUGGGUAGCGAUGGGCGUAAGCACGCUGCAGCCCAAGACAGGGCUGACAUAUUGGCAGAGCACCUAGAAGGGCAAUUUGUGGCCAACACAUCGGCCCCAGGCGCCAUUGCGUUCCACCAAGAAGUGGAGCGGCACAUACAGGUGUUCCUGUCGGAGCCGGUGCCACGGCUGGAUGGUGGACUUUUCAUCACUCCGGCCGAAGUGCGUAGAGCCGCGAGUCAUCUCGCGCUCCGCAAGGCACCCGGCACCGACGGAAUCACGACGUUGGCGAUAAGGCAACUACCGAAAAGGGGGUUAGUGACGCUGUGCCGCCUGUACAAUGGUGUACUGCGCACGGCGCACUUCCCCUCUGAGUGGAAAACCGGUAAGAUCAUCGUCCUGCCGAAACCGGGCAAGGACCGACGACUUCCGGAAAGCUACCGACCGAUUACGCUACUGCCGCACGUAGCCAAACUUUUUGAACGGUUGCUGCUGCGGAGAAUAGUUCCCUGCAUCGAGCUACGCAGGGGACAGUUCGGUUUCCGCAGCGGCCAUUCCACCACGGCGCAGCUGGCCCGAGUGCUGCACUAUCUUGCGGCUCAGUACAACCGGGGCCGCAUCUGUCUGGGGGUCCUUCUCGACAUGGAGAAGGCCUUCGACAGAGUGUGGCACGAAGGCCUGCUACAUAAGCUGCUGGAAAAUACCACCACCCACCGUGCGCUCGUGCGGUUAGUAGCGUCGUUUCUCCGGGACCGGAAGUUCGUCGUACACGUCGAGGGAGCCGACUCGGCGGUACGAUGCAUCAAAGCCGGUGUACCACAAGGUAGUUGUCUGUCGCCACACCUGUAUGCGGUGUACACGGAUGACAUUCCCACCUUGGAGCAAAACGCCUCCGACUGGGACGAAGACGUACUGUUGGCCCUGUACGCGGACGACAGUGCGUUCUUCACGUCUUCACACAACGCGGCGUUUGCGGCGAGGAAGAUGCAGCGCCAAUUGGACCUGCUGCCCGAGUGGUUGGAUAGGUGGCGGAUGUCUGUCAAUGUUGACAAAACGUCCGCCAUCUUCAUCCGCCACAUCAAACACCAACCCACGCUUGAGCUGCGGGGUCAAGCGAUAACGAACCAGGACACCAUCAGGUAUCUUGGGUGCCGGAUAGACCGCUCGCUGAGUAUGGCGCCCCAAGUCGAACACUCUGUUCGACAAGCCAGGGCAGCUCGAGCGGUCCUUUACCCAAUCCUGGCAUCCAAGCUACCUGUUAAGACUGGGCGUCUA